AUGUCAAACAACAAUAAUAAUUCAACACAUAAACUGUCAAUUCAAUGGAUUGAACAGAGUCUGGGAGAAUUCCAGUGGCUGAGAUUACUUGCUACCAAAUGCUCACAUUGCGAAUGGAAAUACAUAAUCUUUAAGGACAAAGCAAUAGCGACAUCAAAAGUAAAAAAACAAAGGUUUGUUUAUGGUACAGGUGCAGGUCCCAAUAACUGUGUCCAAAAUGUAAAAGGUGUCCCAUAUAGUCCCACUCUUCUUAAAGAAAUAGAUUUCUUAGAAAGAAGUUCUCAUUCUCGAUAUGGUGCCAGAGUAAAGACCUAUCUUUUCGACGAGUACAAUACAUCCCAACUAAAGGAAAUGGAAAAGAGCUAUGUUCAAGAAAAGUCAGAUGUCAAACGAAAAGAAGUGUAUAAAGCCGCCAAAGUCAAAGCUCCUCCGGAUGAUCCUAAUUCUUAUGUUAUCAAAUACUAUUUGGAUGGAGAGACAAAGUAUUACAUCACCCGUGAUUUCAUGGCUGUUUGA